AGAGGGCCGAGUGAGGGCGGAGUCAGAGAAGAGCGACCGCAUGUCCAUCACAGCCGACUGCUCUCUGAGCUUCCGUGACCUCAGGGUCGAUGACGUGGGCUCCUACAUCUGCUUCGAGGAUGGAAACUCCAUCAAUAACGUUUACCUCUCUCUCCUCGCCAUCACUGCACUCUCUGGGAUCACAGACCUGCAGCCGGGAGGAAACCUGGUCCUGAGCUGCAUCCUGUUCUCCUACUACGACACCGGGAGCUGCCAGCCGUACUCCACCGAGUUCAGCCUGAGCUGGGUGACUGAGGCCGGGGCCGUGCUGCCCACAGAGAGCAGGUACGAGCUGAUCAGUCGCACACGCUGCAACAUCACUCUGGUCACAAAACUCCAGAGGGAAGACAACCACAGGAAGUGGAGAUGUCAGGUGAACACCACAGGAAACAGCAGGGCGGCGUUUCAGGAUUUCACGUCCACCUUCCUGUUCCAAAACCCGUCCACAGACCAAGAGCCGCCUCCCUCCUCGCUCACGGUUUGUUCAGAGCCGCAGCACGUCAGCCACAUCGUGCUCUGCGUGGCGCUGCCCCUCAUGGUGGUCACCGUGGGAUUCUUCACAUGGAGACGAGACCGAGACAGAACCAAAACAUCUGCUGCUGAAAUCCAGCUGCAGGAAAUGAGCUGAUUGAUGAUCACUGUACCAGGAGGAGAAGAGUUCAUCUGAUUUACUUUGUUCAGUUAGAAAGUCUCACUUGUUUUUGUUGUUGUUGUUCUUCUUGAUGUCUUGUAAUUGCCAUGUGAUGCUGAGUGUGAAACAAGAGCAGCUGGUUGUGAUUGUUUUAGGAAACAACUGUAGAAUUAGUUGUAAGUGUGUUUGUACGAUAGAUGUAGACUAUAGGAUAGAUGAGUCAUUUUAAUGGAACUCAGUACAAAUC